UCUAUGGCCGAGCGGAAGGAGCCCGAGCUUCCUUCUUCCCGUUUCCGGUGGGUCGGCUGAGCCUGGGGAAGCCAGAGUUCCGCGAAGAAGUUUUCUAGUGUAAAACUUCAAGGUCCUCAACAGUGUCAGGAAUGGUCCUGCUGUAACAUCUUUGGAAAGGAUUUUUCCAAGGACAGCUACAGAGAUGAUUGAUGUAAAAGCUUGGGCUGAGUAUGUUGUGGAGUGGGCUGCAAAGGAUCCAUAUGGCUUCCUUACUACAGUGAUUUUGGCUCUGACUCCACUUUUUCUAGCAAGUGCAGUACUGUCUUGGAAACUGGCAAAGAUGAUUGAGGCCAGGGAAAAGGAGCAGAAGAAGAAACAAAGACGUCAAGAAAACAUUGCAAAAGCCAAACGGCUAAAGAAGGAUUGAGAGAAAAAUUAGGUUAAGAAGAAAACCCUUCUCCAUUAAAAAGUCUACAGUUAGAGAAAAAUCAUUCAAAAUUAUGCAGUUCUUGAAGAAACACUAGGGUGCUUUUGUUGUAUUUUGUAACAGUGUUAUCUUAUCCAACUAAGUUUGACCAUGUGAGAAAAUUUAAAUUCUAACCUCAAUGCUAUAACUAGUAAUUUUUCAGCUUGGGUACAGGAGCUUCUUGGUGCCUGUCAACUGAUAUUUAUACUGCAAAUUCCUUAACUCAUUUUGCCUUUGCUUUCUGGUAGUUCAUGCGCUAAAGUGAAUCUUAUGUUAGAGAAGAAAAUGUCUUAAGAAUGUGAAUUGUUGUCUAAUAAUGGCUUAAGUUUGGGAUCCUAUUUAUGGACAAAGAUUUGGAAAAUUGAAAAUUAAGGGUUUUUUUCCCCACUGGGGGACAGGAAAAAUAUUCUUCAGUUAUUUUUUUUUUUAAACACUAUUUUCGUGACACUUGGAUGAAUCUAUGAUUCAUUCUGUUGUGUAAUUUGCUCCACUAGGGCAGAUCACUUCCCUUGCAUGUUUUCUUCAUCCUCUGCAAUUGUUGUUGAUGUCAUUCCAUAAAUCUUUCAGAGGAUCCACCCAAUGGGCUAGCUGUCUUCCUCUAGUUCUUUUAAUAUUGGUGCUUGGGAGAACCAAUGUAGACUUGGGCUAUCUGUCUUGUCUCCUCACUAUUAAACUAGCCUACCUCCUUUUCUGAUCAUGCGUGUCCAGAUGAUGUACUUCAUCCUAUCCUACAGUUCUUAUUCACAUUUGUUUCUUUGAUAUGGAAUCAUUUCUGGGAGCAAAAGCAAAUCUUGAUCAAGUAACAGUUUUGGUUUCUGCAUUGUUAAUGUUAACUACACUUGGAAAAUACUGGCAAUGUGACUGUAAGACAUUUCAUAUUUGCUUAAUUUUAACACACUGUAGAAUUGUUCCGUGCUUUCUUUUUUGACUACAUAGCAUAUUAUAUAUUACUCAAACAGAAUUAUGUGCAGUUAUAAAGACUGCUAUCCAUCUUAGGAAUCACCUGCAGAGAAGAAUUUAGGAUUGCUGUAAAUAUGCCAGACUUAAUAGGAUCCAGCUUAUCCAUACUCGUAUUGUACAUAAGAGUGAAAUGGUUUAAAAAAAAAGUUUUGUUAGAUGAUUCUUCAAAUACAUACUUUUUUAUCUAUUAUUUCAUUUUUAACCUAUGUGGUGGCAGUCAGGUAACUUCAUGUUAAAGGUCAGUUUCUUGAGGCAUCUUGAAAACAAGUCCCAAAGACAAAACAAAGCCCUUUUUCAUUUGCUCUGUUGGGAUGGAAAGACAACAAGGUAUGCAAAUUAAAUUAGAAUGAAAAUAGUUUUGUUUUUUUAAAAGUUUCAAGCAAAAGGCUAAAAAUAAGUAUUUCUCCUUCCCUUUGUGAAAAAUAAUUGUUUAGUUAAAUUUUGUGUAUGCUUUUUAUGACCUAGUACACUAUUAAACUUUAAUGGCUAUGAUCAUUUUUUCAUUUUAAAUAAAUUAAAAAAUUUUUAAAGUGUG